CUGACUCAUUCGCUGAUGCUUGUGGAAGCAGAACGGAGCGGGGCGGGGGGAAGGGGGAGCCUUCAAGUAGCCGCGAUUGGUCUCGGCUUGACAAGGAGCCCGGGAGCUUCGCCCCUGCAAGGGCGGCGGUGCCGGGGGCGGCGGAGCGGAGCGGGCCGGCGCGCAGCCCGCAGCGGCGCGGAGGCGGCCCCCGUGCGGCGGACGCCGGGUGGUUCCCGCCGCACCUUCAGGAACAGGCGCUGCCAGUCCCCGCCGCUUCCAAGAAGCUGAGAGGAGCGCGGGGGCUCCGAGGCUGCCGUCCUGGGGAACUGCUGCAGCAAUAUUGCAAUUGCCCUUUAAACAGGGAGAAAAAAAAAAAAAAAAAGGAGGGGGAAAAAAAAGAUGAAGACGCUUAAAUGCCUCCUGCCAAAAGUAAAGAGCAAAUCUCAGUUGCAAUGGCUCUGCUAAAACUUGAUCAUGCGGGAUUUGAAGCGAUAAAGGGCUGCCGAGCUUGCAUUUACUGCGGUGGGAACAAGUUGCAGGAUGAAAUCCAGGCAUUAAGGGACCUAUUUUCCACUUCGUUGUUUGCAAAGGAAUCUACUGAAAUGACUUUGAGGAUCUUAAAACUGGAACUAUGUGGAGGGAGAAUGCACCCCCCUUUCCCUGUUUCCCUGUCCGCGUAGCUGCCCUCCCGGGAUGCCAUGUCGCUCGCAGGCUGCGGCGGGGAUCACGCGUGCGGCCAGCGGCGCGGAGGCCGCCCCUGAGCCCGGACACCGAGGGGCACGACAUGCCCGCGGCCGCGGCAUGCCCUGCACCAGCACCGGCACCGGCACCACCGGCACCCGCCGCCGCUCCGUCUCCUGAGGCGCUGGGGGAUAAAGCUGGCAAAGAUGAGGAAAAUUGGCUGUGCUCUCCUGGUACUCCAAGCUCUUCUGGCGCCUUUGGAUCUUGUUCGUGGAGCAGAGAAAAGUUACCCCAUCCUGAACAUUGCAGUGAUUCUGGGAAGGACCAAGUAUAUCACAGAGAGAGAUAUCAGAGCUCUCUGGACCAGGGAAAUGUCAGCAGACCUGACUGUUGAUGUCAAUGUAGUGACCCUUCUGGUGAACCAGACUGACCCUAAGAGCAUCAUAACACAUGUUUGUGACUUGAUGUCAGGCACCAAGAUCCAUGGAGUGGUUUUUGGAGACGAUACAGAUCAGGAGGCAGUAGCUCAGAUUUUGGAUUUUAUUUCAUCUCAGACUUCUAUUCCAAUUCUUGGAAUUCAUGGCGGGGCCUCCAUGAUAAUGGCAGAUAAGGAUGUGAUGUCCACGUUCUUCCAGUUUGGGGCUUCCAUCCAGCAAGAAGCCAUCGUCAUGCUGAAGAUCAUGCAGGAUUAUGACUGGCACGUGUUUUCUCUGGUGACCACCACCUUUCCUGGAUAUCGAGACUUCAUCAAUGUCAUUAAGACCACAGUGGAAAAUAGUUUUGUGGGCUGGGACAUGCAGAAUGUCAUCGUACUUGAUACCGCCUUUGGAGAUGCCAAGACCCAAAUUCAGCUGAAGAAAAUUCAUUCAUCUGUCAUCCUGCUUUAUUGUUCCAAGGAUGAAGCUGUCUACAUACUGGAUGAGGCUCGUUCCCUGGGCCUUACUGGCUAUGAUUUCUUUUGGAUAGUUCCCAGCCUGGUUAGUGGUAACACAGAAAUCACUCCCAAGGAGUUUCCUUCAGGACUCAUUUCAGCAUCUUAUGAUGAAUGGGACUACAGUUUAGAAGCUCGGGUACGGGAUGGCCUUGGGAUUAUUGCCACUGCUGCAUCAGCCAUGCUGGAAAAAUACUCCUUCAUUCCUGAAGCAAAAACUAGCUGCUAUGGACAACCGGAGAAAAAUGACCGGCCAUCUCACACCUUGCACAAGUUUAUGAUGAAUGUGACUUGGGAAGGUAAAGAUUUGUCCUUCACAGCAGAUGGUUAUCAAGCACACCCCAGGCUGGUGGUGAUAGUACUGAACAACGAUCGCGAAUGGGAAAAGGUGGGGAAAUGGGAGAACAACUCCCUGAGCCUGAAGUACUCUGUCUGGCCAAGGUACAGCUCUUUUGCAGACAGCGACCCAGACGAUAACCAUUUGAGUAUUGUCACCCUGGAGGAGGCUCCUUUUGUCAUUGUUGAAGAUGUGGAUCCUUUGAUGGAAAGUUGCCAAAAAAACACUGUGCCAUGUCGUAAAUUUGUCAAAAUUAACAACUCAACUAAUGAGGGAACUAAUGUAAAGAAGUGCUGCAAAGGAUUCUGCAUCGAUAUCUUGAAGAAGUUGUCUAAAACUGUCAAGUUCACAUAUGACCUGUAUUUGGUGACUAAUGGGAAACAUGGCAAAAAAGUCAAUAAUGUGUGGAAUGGAAUGAUUGGUGAAGUGGUAUAUCAUCGUGCAGUUAUGGCUGUGGGGUCCCUCACUAUUAAUGAAGAGCGCUCUGAAGUGGUUGACUUUUCAGUGCCAUUUGUUGAGACUGGGAUUAGUGUCAUGGUGUCACGGAGCAAUGGCACAGUUUCACCAUCUGCUUUUCUAGAGCCUUUUAGUGCUUCUGUCUGGGUGAUGAUGUUUGUGAUGCUUCUCAUUGUGUCCGCCAUGGCUGUCUUUAUAUUUGAGUACUUUAGUCCUGUAGGAUAUAACAGGAACUUAGCACAAGGCAGAGAUCCCCAUGGACCAUCCUUUACCAUUGGAAAGGCAGUGUGGUUACUCUGGGGCUUGGUGUUCAACAACUCUGUGCCUGUGCAAAACCCCAAAGGGACGACCAGUAAAAUCAUGGUGUCGGUUUGGGCUUUCUUUGCCGUCAUUUUCCUGGCUAGUUAUACUGCCAACUUAGCUGCAUUUAUGAUUCAAGAGGAAUUUGUUGACCAAGUGACUGGACUAAGUGAUAAGAAGUUUCAAAGGCCGUAUGAUUAUUCACCUCCUUUUCGAUUUGGAACAGUCCCAAAUGGAAGCACAGAAAGGAAUAUCAGAAACAACUACCCUGAUAUGCACCUUUACAUGACUAAGUAUAAUCAGAAAGGAGUUGAAGAUGCCUUGGUCAGCUUGAAAACUGGGAAGUUGGAUGCUUUCAUCUACGAUGCAGCGGUGCUGAAUUACAAGGCUGGAAGAGAUGAAGGCUGCAAACUUGUCACAAUAGGGAGUGGAUACAUCUUCGCCACUACGGGCUAUGGAAUAGCACUUCAGAAAGGAUCACCUUGGAAGAGACAGAUUGAUCUAGCCCUCCUUCAGUUUGUUGGAGAUGGGGAAAUGGAAGAGUUAGAAACCCUGUGGCUGACUGGUAUUUGCCACAACGAGAAGAAUGAAGUCAUGAGCAGCCAGCUGGACAUUGACAACAUGGCAGGAGUGUUUUACAUGCUUGCAGCAGCCAUGGCACUCAGUUUAAUAACCUUUGUCUGGGAGCACUUAUUUUACUGGAAACUUAGAUUCUGCUUCACUGGAGUCUGCUCAGAUAGGCCGGGAUUGUUGUUCUCAAUCAGCAGGGGUAUUUACAGCUGCAUUCAUGGAGUACAUAUUGAAGAAAAAAAGAAGUCUCCUGACUUUACUUUGACCAAUUCCCAAACCAACAUGUUAAAACUACUGCGAACAGCGAAAAAUAUGACCAAUAUCAAUCCUUCAAGAAUUAACUCCCCCAAAAGAACAGCUGAUUUUAUUCAGAGGGGUUCCUUGAUUAUGGACAUGGUCAUGGAUAAGGGAAAUUUGAUAUUUUCUGAUAACAGAUCCUUUCAGACAAAAGACAACUUUUUUGGUGACAACAUGAGUGAACUGCAGACACUUCCUGGCAACAGACACAAGGACAAUCUUAACAACUAUGUUUUCCAAGGUCAGCAUCCUCUCACACUGAAUGAGUCCAAUCCAAAUACAGUAGAGGUUGCCGUAACAGCAGAAGCAAAAGGAAACUCCAGACCCAGGCAGCUUUGGAGGAAAUCUGUUGAGUCUUUACGUCAAGAAUCUGUACGUCAAAGCCAAGGUUCCCAGAGAGAAAAUGGGUCAGAUGAAAACAGGCAGCUUUCAGUGAAAAGCCAAAGGUACCUUCCUGAAGAGAUUGUCCAUUCAGAUGUAUCAGAGACGUCAAGCCGAGCCACUUGCCAUAUGGAACCUGAAAACAACAACAAGCACCACAAAACCAAGGACAAUUUUAAAAAAAGGACAGUAGCAUCAAAAUACCCAAAAGACUGUAGUGAAGUGGAACUGACAUAUCUGAAAACCAAACAGAGCUCUCCACGGGAUAAAAUCUACACAAUUGAUGCUGACAAGGAGCCAGGAUUCCGCUUGGACACACCUCAGUACAUUGAAAACAUCGUCCUUCCAGAAACUAUAGAGUUUCCUGAUGUUUAUCAAGAUCACAAUGACAACUACAGGAAAGCAGAACAUGCUAACAGGACUCCCUUGCAUAAUGAAGACAGUCUUCCAAAUAACGACCAGUAUAAACUUUAUGCAAAGCACUACACUCUAAAAGAUAAAAAUGCUUCCCUGGUUGACAUGAAUGAUAGAUACAGACAGAAUUCCACCCACUGCAGGAGCUGUCUUUCCAAUUUGCCCACUUAUGCGGGACACUAUUCGAGCAGAUCUCCCUAUAAAUGCGACGCAUGCUUGCGGAUGGGGAACCUCUAUGAUAUUGAAGAAGAUCAGAUGCUGCAGGAUACAACGAACUUAUCACUUCCUGAAGAAAUAUAUGACCAUAGUUGGUCACAAAACAAUGCUCUGCAAUAUCAUAAAAAAAAUAAGUUGAGGAUUAGCAGGCAACAUUCUUUUGAUAAUAUCGCUGAUAAGUCCAGGGAAAUUGAUAUUGGAAGACCUUCUCGCAGUAUAAGCUUGAAAGAAAGAGAGAAAUUUCUACAAAGUAGUCCAUAUGCAAGCAUGUUUAGUGUUCCCUCAAGCAAACUGUUGAGCAACAAGGCCUCACUUUUAACUCAUGCUCUAGAGGACAGUAAGCGGAGCAAGUCCCUGUAUCCUGUUCACUCAGAUGAUAAUCCCUUUCUGCACUCGUAUCGUGAUGACCAGCACUUAUCUCUUAGGCGAAGUCCAGCUGAUCUUUAUAAACAUUCACUACCAACAAGAGGAAGAAAUGAUAAUUAUUUAAGGUCAUCCAUAAAGUCUACAGCAUCAUACUGUUCCAGGGAUGGUCGGAUCCAUAAUGACAUGUACAUUUCAGAGCAUGUUUUGCCUUACGUUGCAAAUAGGAAUAGCUUGUACUCAACUCCAAGGGUUUUAAAUUCCUGUAGCAAUAGACGUGUGUAUAAGAAAAUGCCUAGCAUUGAAUCAGAUGUUUAAAUUUUCCAUGAACACUUUAUCUAUAGGGAAAAAAUAGUUGCCACCAUCUUAGAGGGAGAAUUUAUCCUUUAACAGUAUCCUGCUAUGGUAAAUGAUAUGUAAACCUCUCCCUUUCCCAGUGUACUUUUGUACAUGAAUAGGUAAACUAGUAUACUCUCAACUAUCCUUUUAAAAUAUGUCUUGUUGAAAAGGAUAAAAAAUAGCCAUUUAUGUAUGCUUUAUAUAUAAAUGGCAAGCUGUACUGAAAUAGCCCAAAUAUAUGUUGGCAACUAUGCUGUUUUGUAUCGAAUUAUUUUACUAUUUCGGUUAUUCUAAUUUAUGUUGCUAAGUAUCAUUCAAUGUACUUUUGUCCUUAGAAAUGUUUAAUGAUUUUCUAGUACUGGAUAAGCAAUAUGGUAUGCAUGUAGUAUGACACAGACAAAAAGAAUUAGGAAUGCAUUUGCACAGUUUCAAAAGCAAGAUUCAAAGAGAACAGAAAGCUAGACUUUCAAAAAUAUAUUUUAGCUUCAUAAUCAUUUUCAAAGCCAAAUAAUAAUAUAAAAACCCAAACCCCAGGACCUUAAUAAAUAAAAUACAGUGUGUUAGCACAACAUUAGUAUGUUCGUUCUAGAUUGACAGAAAAUAAAUGGGAAGGCUGUAGGCCCAAACAUGUGAACUGCUGUGUACCAACAGCCCCACGGAUAUUGGUUAAUGUUAAUGUACAAAUGCUUUUCUUAUAUUUCACGUGCACUUACCAUUACAAACUAAGUUCAUUGAAAAGUCUGCAGUCAUCUUGUCAGAAAUUUCACAGCUGCCUGAUCCAGAGUAUAUAUUUUUAGAUAUCACUAUAUGGCAUUACUAUGGAGCUGUGGACUUUAUUAGUAACCUUGAGGCCUAAUGUGUACGAAAGUUUGCAUUUGCCCCUUACUGGUGAUUACUCAGGGCUGUAUAGUAUUUCUUUUAUUCCUUCACUUCCCAAACCAAAUCCCAACCCACUGUAGUUCUUUGUUCAUAGUGCAUUAGUGACAUCUAAUUAAUUGUAUGUUAAUAGUAUUAAAGCUGUUAAUACAGUAUCAAACACCGACAGCCAUACGUUCAGUGUAAUCGGCGAGGAGCGCAAUACCAUUUAUUUGCAUGCACAAUGAAGGAUUAACACCUUUUGAGGGACUUUUUCCUUCCUGAAUGUUGUGCAUAUUUGUUGAGCAUCAGACCAUUUUUUUAACCUCCUCGAUCAAGUGUGUUAUAUAAAUUCAAUACGUGCACAUAUAACUAAGGAAUAGUACCUUUAUUAUCACUUACUGGUAUACAAAGAUAUUCAUAUAACAGGGACGCAUUGUUAUAUGACUUUUAUUUCUAGUAAAGAUCAAUCAGAUUAUUUCACAGAUAAAAUGCCUGCUACACACCCUUCCUCACCCCCACCGGGAAAGAACCCCACUAGAUUUUAACCAUAAGGGAGUGUGGAAGGGAAGACAGGAAAUCUUUCAUGAGUAGAGUGUACAGUUGUAAAUUUAAUUUAAACUAAAGAAGUAUAUAUAAUUGCUAAUAUAUUUAAAUACUGAAAACAGUCAACAGAUGGUUCUCUCCCAUUCUCCUGCUGCUCUGAGAAUUACUUUAGGAUUUUUUGUGUAGAGGUAGUUUAGAUUAUUCAAGCAUCAUUCCCUAUGUUUCACUGAAGAACAGUGAGCAGGGAAACCUUUAUCACUGUGAAUUGGAAAAUGUGAAUAUUACCCCAACUUUUCUCAAAACUGAAACUCUCUUCAAUAGAAUCAUGCCUGUCAGCUGUAACCGUAGUAUCUGCGUGCCAGAGGUACAGUAUGCAAGUUGUUUAAUCUGGAAUAGCAUACUGCAGAGCAGAGUUGCAAAUGGGAGAUAAUAUAAAUGAUGUAUAGGGACAAACAAAAUAUAGCUUCUUGAAUUUUGUUUACAAUUUUUUUAAUUAAACAGAUUUAAGCUGACUUUAACUACCAAACAGUCCAGAAUGAGUUCUCGGUAUUUACAAAUAUAUUUGUAUGUUCGCCAUGCUGAUGAAGGAUGAUAUUUUUGAAGGAAUGAAAUGUAAUGAGAUUUGGGCUUCCGAGUCCCUUUCCAGCUUCCAGUAAUCUCAGUAUACUUUAUUAUAAGUAUGUUCAGAAAGCAUAUCUAUGGGUAUCUGUCCGCUGUCGAGAGCAAAUAUGUUUUCAGUAUUCUUUGUUCAACAUUUGGUCACCAUUAUUGGCCCUGAUUCACAUGGUGUGCUUUCUGGUUCCUCACUGGAUGUAGUUUUAUAAACAGAAGAUCCUUACCUGCCCUUAGAAAGAUGCACAUUUCUUAGGAAUAGUUGUAUGAGCCAAGCAGGGCUAGGGUGUGUAUGGGAUGAGCACUGCUUUUCAUGAACCAAAGACAUAGCUAUACUAUUUGUCUUAGGUCUACAGGAAGGCAAAUGCACUAACGGCAUAAAUAUUGUUGUAACCAGCUUACUAAAAAUAUUUCAGGCAAAUUUUAAUUUCCAGUCCAAAUCAUAGUUAAAAAUGCUUAAGAUUUUACUUAAUAUACUAUCUGGUGUGUUUCGGCAGAUAUGGUAUUUGCUGAUAUCAUACCAAAAACUGCCAUGCAAGUUGCUGAGAAUUUUACCAAGUGAAUCAUCGAACUCAGUGGUGGGUGGGUCCUGUCUUUCACAUCAUCUUAAAGCUCUCAAAAUAUUUGCUGAUUGGUCCAAGUCUUUUGUAUCAUCAUCUCUAUCUAACUAGACACACAUAAUUCGAUAUAUAGACAAGUACUGUAUGCAAAGCUGUGGGAAAGAAAAAUUCCCUUUUACAAUAUUUUCCAAGUAAACCGUUGAGAUCCAAAUGUAAACAUCCUAAACCCAGGUGGAUUUAUCUCUCUAUGAAGUGUACAAGCAAAUUAGCUAUAAAGAAAUACAUUGCAGUGUUUGCUUUUUCUGAUUUGAGCAGAUUUCUGGUGACUGUAGAGAUUUAUUAUUAUUAGCUGCAAAUAUGCAAUACAACCACCUCCCCUAAACCAAAACAAAUUAAAGAGACAGAGGGAAGACUUCAUAAUGUUGCACAGCAGUUGUUCACAUGGAAAUAAAAGAUGCUGCUUUAAAGGAGAAAAAAGCACAAACGAACAGAUACUGAAAGUAGAGGGAAUAAGAAGCUGCAUGCAUUUAUUGUUUUGAUCUUGGCAUAUAAUAUGAGUGAAUAAAGGGGCAAGAAAAGACUAAAGUGUAGGGUUGUAGGCAAAUAGCUGCUGUGGUUGUGGAUGUAUAUAUGUAAAGAAGCAGCAGCUGAUAGUUGAAGAAAAAUCUUCAACAGCAGAGCCACAAGCCACAGCUUGUGAGGCUCAGCCGUAGAGCGCGUGGAAUUCUGAGUGUUGCCUGAGCUUUGUUGAUAUAUUUGCACUGACUUUCAAUUCAACCGAGAUCAAGACUUUCUGUAUUUCCCUCUCUCUCACUCUAGCUGCUGCUAUUCUUGAAGAGGACAAAAGAAUCUUCCUGCAUAAGUGGCCAUCCUUUCUGUACCUUUCUGGAUGGUGCUGGUGACUUGUUACAUUUUCCUGAUUACAGCUCUAGCAGUUUGUUGGUCAUUCCUAUCACCAAGAUUUCCCGUGACUCCAGCUGGAACUGAAUCAGGCUGUAAAUGAUAUGAGCUAUUCUUGGUAGCAUGUCCUGUAGUGUUACACUGCUCCUGGACGACAACUUUUAUGGAGGCAGGAUAUUGAAUUGCUGAGGAAUGUAGCAGGUACAUGGAGGUAAAAACAGCUACAUAGACAUACCUGCCUCUUGCUUUUUGUCCUCUUUUAAAGACGUUGUAGAGUUUCUUCAUGUUUUUGUCUUUCCCUUUUCACCACAGUAAAUUUUCCUUUUUCCUUUCAAAUGGAUUUUGUGUUCUGUUUGUGUUUCUUAGAGCAGUGUAGCCACCCACUAAUUUAAACGCAUGGAAAUAAGUUAUUUUAAUAUAUAGGAUAAAAUUAAGGAAAAUUAAGAGGGUUUGUAUUUCUGGAAAAUUUCAUUUAAUGUUUUUAAAGCUUUUGCUCAGAAUUCAUUAUUCUGCUAUCUAAGAAGCUCGGUUAGGAAAAAGAGUGCUGCGGACAAACAGAAACCAAAUCACCGCCAGCUCACCGUGUUUUGGCAGCAUCUCAUAAACACGUGUCUCUCUAUGAUCUUUCAGGAACACUGAGGAGGUGAAACAAGGCUCACGAGGGAAAUCAGGAGUGUUGCUUUUAUUUCUGGUGAAAAUAAAUGUUUUUACAUAGUUUUAAAGGUAGCGAAAACUGGAGCUGUGUAGCGUUGGGUUUCUGUGCUGGAAGGCUCAGCUCUUUCUUUUGCCAGUGGCGGAGGGGAGAGAGAGAGAGAGAGAAGGCUCCCUCCCUCCGGGUGGCAGGUCAGAGCACUGAUGACUUGGACACAGUUGUGUGUGUCAUGUGUCCUGAAAGAUUUUACCUCUCUCUCGACCUUUUAGAAAAUACAGGCUCCUGACUUAGACGUCUCAGUUAGGCUUAGAAGAGUAAUAGUCUACUUAUCCCUAGCCUCAAAAAGCUGCUAGUUAAAUCUGCAAGUGAGUACCAAGCUAAGCCUUGCAGGUGCAUCUAGGUUCUCGUGCUUAUGCGAGUAGUUACUAAGGUAGCACCUGUUGUCUGUGAGUUUUGCAGUACUCCCAGCCUAGUCGGUAUCAGCAUUUUCUUUAUACCAUGUGACUAUCCAGCAUGAAAUAAAAGUGUCAGGAUCUGUUCCUUGUAGAAUAACUUGCUGUUUUCAUAUUUCUGCAGUAUAGUAUAUGUAUCUUAGUGACGGGGAAGAUUUUGGUACUGUUCCUUCCCUUGCUGGGUUCGUCAGCAUAGAACAGGAAUUGAGGUACAAAUCUAAGAAUCUGAGUGUCAGCUUGGAUUUAGGAAGAAUUCAAGAGGUGAAUCUUUUUGUUGUUUUACAUUGCAUUUAAGAUGUGUGAUAUAUAAAACCUAGUGAAAACAGAUCUUUUAUGGCAAAAUCCUCCCUUAGUUAAUGUAAAACAGUAACCAUCCUGUGGCUUGGCUAGGUUGUGUUAAGUGUUAAUCAUCACAUCGUGUGCUUCUUUCAAGAUGGAGUGUUGUACGUUCCCUUGCUAAACUCCCUUUUCCAGCUCUAGUCCUACCUGAGCUCAAAAGUCCUUCUAAAGUAGGUAUCUGUCCUGUAUAGGGCAAUCUGGUUUGCAAAAUAAAAACAUUUUUCCAGUGAUACACUUAAAUUGUUUAUUUUACCAAUGUUAUUUUUUUAAUCUAAGCUUCCUUCCUAUUGAGUGGUGAGCCUUCAAAGUAUAACAGCACUGAAGGAACUCUGAAAGAGCGUAAAGGCCUUUUAAAGUGUGACUUUUAUGAUAUGAGCCAUUUCCCUACCCAAAUUAGCCUGCACUGUCUUAUUUAAAUGUGUUAGCAAGAUGUUAGUAUUUACUAUCACGAGGAGGGAGCACAGUUUAACCACAGGUGUGUAUUUCUUUGUGGACGUAAAUGCAAAGACAGACAGGUGUAUGGCGUGAUAGAGGAAAGGCUCAACCUGCUCUGGCUGGAGUCACCUGUGAAGCUGAGGUUAAGUUAAACGGCAGUGCCCUCAAGACCGUCACGUCUCUUACAUCGCUCUGAUCAUGCAGACUUUUCUGUCCGAUGUCCACGUGUUGUACAUAGUGUAAAAUUCUUGUUGAUGCUCAGCUUUCAUUGUGGAAUUAAUCCCAUGUUCACCUUCAUUACAGUGUAGCAGCGAUGUUUGUGGGAUGGAGAGGUGGCUGUUCGUGUUCUCUGGUGUCUGUUGCCGUGUUAAACGGGAGCAGAAAUCCUGCCUUGCUUCUCUCUGCUCCACUGGGGAGGGUUCCUGUGCUCCUUGUAAAUAAGCUCAUUUAUUUCACCUCAGUCAAGCUUUUAAUAUUUUUUUUUGCCCUGCUUCUCUCGACCUGUGUACACAGUAUACUCUCUAAAAAUAUGUGCUCUUCCAAUGUCCUGCAACUUUGGAAGUCAGGAUUACAAGUGUGCAUCGCCCUGCAAUGCAGUGAAAAUGCACUUAGUUCUUCUCGCAGAUUCACGAGCUUUUUUUGUUACAUACUGCAGAAUAUAUCUGCUGUGGUUGAAAUUGUUCUUAACAUGAAUGCCAGUCUAAACAGCUGUAAGAAUCCACUGCUGAUUUUGUGAUGAUUUUGUCAUAUCUAUAAUUUAAGAACCAGAAAUAAUAUAAGUGAAAUUAGGUUACCUCACUAUUUACCAGGUUUUUGUUGUUUUGCACUAAAUAACACUUUUUACUCCUUUUGCUUAAUUCUUUACCUGUAUUGAAAACAAUGGUAAAUUAGUAGAGAAUAUAACCAUGCUGUAACGUUGUCAUGCAAUACCUUUACUAGUAGAUAACCACACUAAAUAUAGUAUUAAUAUUUAAGAGAGAUGGUUUUGACUCUCCAACUCUUAAAAAGUAGUGGUGAUAAGCAGUUAUACUCCUAGAUGUUUCGUCCUUUCCCUUUUGUAUUAGUAUUUGUUUUCACUAAUAUAUUUCAAAAAUUAUAUUUCUAUGUGCACGUUAUAAAACUGUGAAAAUAAAUACCAAUAAAUAUUGUGAUACUUAUUCAGUGCACUGUAAAGUUCCAAGUGAGGUGAUACAUUGCUUGGGAAAUGAUGAAGGUUUUCUCGCUUCUCAUAAAUGGUACUAAGCUUUAACGUGGGCAAAUGGUAAUAUUUACAGUGACAUGAAAUUUUAAUAGAGAAUGUCUUGUUUUGCACUUCUAGUAUUAUUAGAAGAAAUUAUAUGUUUUUCUCAGCAAAUGCAUUAUGAGAAUACAUUUUUUAAUAUGUUUUGUGCAUUGCAGUACAUAAGAAUAGCGGUUUUGAAGAGAUUUGUGUUACAUCAUUACUACAGGAUUCUUUAGUCUGAUAUUUUUUAUUGAGCCCGUUUAAUAAUGGUGUUUAAUGGCAAAAACCUUUUGGAAAUAUAUUUUGGCUUCUGUUUCACAUUGCAAACCCUGUAUUUGGUCUCAUGGUGAUGCAGUCAAAGGUCCUCACGAGGCUGCUGUGCCUUCUCAUGCUACUGGGGAAGGAGACUUUUCUUGUUUACUGUUGGGACGGGAUUAGAGGAGAUGAGAAAAAUUUUGGAGGAUGUUUUGUGCAACAUUUGAAGUGUAAAUUAUCUUCAAAAGUGAAAAAAAAAAUUAAAUUGGAAGUUCACAGUUAUCCACACUAGCGGGUGGUCUGUGCAGGCUGCGGGGUGUGUGGUUUCUGGAGGAAAAGAUAAUUUUUUAACUAAAGUGAUUCGAAUUCUACUUAAGUUUCUGAAGUCACUGAAAAAAUGGGAAUUUUCUUUUUUUUUUUUUUUUAAAGCCAAAGUCUUUAUGUUGUCAUACGAGGUUUCACAGGAAAAUGGGCCAAAGAAUACAAUUAAAUAUGCAAAAGGUUAAUCCUAUGGAAAAGGGUAUCCUGUCAUCUUGAUAUGCACAAGCAUAUUAAUGGUAAUAGGAACAAUGUGUGUAAUUUUCCUGUAUAUUGCUAUGUAGGUUGCACUAUUUUGAAUGAUACGAGCCUAAUAUUUUAUUUACCAAAUACCAUAAGAAGCUGUUUAUUAAUAGUUUAAACUUGUUAACCUAAAUAUAUAUACAGUAUACACACACGUGCGUGCAUACACUUUCCGACCUAGUCAUGUGUGAGUAAUCUCCCAGAGCCGUGGGACACAUUUCAGCAGUGCUUUAAGUGAUUCUCUUCUCUCCUUUUCAAACCUCCGAGAUCCACAAAGCCUCUACCAGUGUUUAUUGUAGUGUUUGAUGCCUAUUACAGAACAAGCUAAAGGACUUGUUGGGAUCAGGUUUGCAUCGUGCUAGGACACGGGAAAACAGGUCAGAGGAGAGUUCCUGUCUGAAAGAGCUGGAAAUUAUACUCACUGUAAAUAACAAAGCCAUAGGACAAGGAUGUCUUCUCGUAUUGUUUUGAAAAUUCAUGGCCAGAGAGGAUCUAUUGGACUGGUGACUGACUUUAAAAUUGUGUGUUGGCUCACAACAUCCACACCUGGUCAUUAAAUACAUUAUUUAAGGUAGCUGAGGAAGGUUUCCUAAAAAACCAAAAAUUCCCAGGAAAGCCCAGCUGGUGUGUGCACCGGGGGCCGCCCAUGUAUUCUUCCAUGCAGGCUGGGCAGUCUUCAAAAUCUGUGUUGCACACACAGGCGGUAUUUUGCAGUGGUGUUUAAGUCAGAAUUGCUUUUCUCAACACACAGGCUUUUGAGCUUGCUGUUACUGAUUGUCUGGAGGUUCUGACCAAGAGAUGAUUGUGGUAUUUGGCUUCUUUUCUAAAUUUACAGUCCUCUAACCAAAACUUAUGACAAAAAAUAUCUUGGAAUCAUUUGUUCAAAGUAAUUCCUGAGCUUUUUUUUUCAAAGGGAGAAUUAGAUAGCUAAUUUUUGCACCUUAACUCAGAAACAGAAAAUUCUGUAGGGUCAAAUUUUGUCUACAGUUCAUUGCAAGUGUCUCUUGGAGAAGAACUUGGUUCCAAGUCCUUCAUCUGCAAGAAGAAAAUUCUUAGUUAACUCCUUUCUACCUGGCCUAAGUCUGGAUUCCAAACUUAGGCAAAGCACCUUUUGACUUGAAUAGGGAUGUGUGAGUGAGUCAGGGGAGAGCAGAUCCUUAGUGCAGUUCACGCUCAGAAUUAAAAAAACCAAACCCAAACCUCAUGUUGCAGAGGUAUGGAAGUUGCAUCAUGCAAAACUGCAUGCAGCUAGGAAGGAAACUAGUGCAAUUUUUCAUAAGAACUGUUUACAGUUUAUACUUUAUAUCAGCUAUAAUAUUUUGAAAUAGUCUUACUCAUUUCAGAACGUCCAUUUUGCACUGAUGAAGAACAACUCGAUCUCUCUGUCUUCACACCUCACACCCACGUGCACAUGCACAGUGUAUCUUGUGUCUUCCCUGUUGGAACCAGAAGGUACAAACAGAAUUCAUUAAUGUGUUAGGCAAACUCCUACCUGAUUCUUAACUAAGUAUGCUAUUUUUAUGCAAAAUUUGCAUCCAUACAUUUCAGGUUCUCUCAGAAGCACUUCACCUGUGAGUUAAUAAUGUUAAUUUUAAUUAAUCGGAUUCAAAUUUACACUAAACCUGAAUGGCAUUUCAUGCUUCCUUUCAUCCUGUUUAAAGAUUUUUGCUGACUUAGAUGAAACACUAAUAUUUUUGUGCUGCUAAACAAAAACCACCAGAAAUAUUUUAAAAUCUCAAUUUACACUUUAAAAAAAAAAAAUUCUGUUUACUUGAAUAAUGUAAAUUUAAUGUGUUGUCCUGAUUAGUCUUUGUAUACAUACAUGUAUAUAUAUAAGCUAUAUAUAAGCUUUAUAUAUAUGUAUAUGUAUAAAGUUUUUGGGGAGAUUGAAGGGCAAAAUAAAAAUUCAGCAUUGUGAAAAAGAUUCUACAACCGUUUACUAACAGUUUCAAGUAAUGUAUUGCUAUUUUGAGUUUGAUCAGAAAUUAUUUGCAGUUGAACUCUGAAAAAUGAGACAUAACUGAAAAUUAGUAUUGGAUCGUCAGUCGUCAUCCUAAAACUUCAGCUUAGUUUCAUUUUGAUCUUGAGAAAAUAAGAAUUCACAAUAUUGACUUGGGAUUUUGCUCGGAAAGAAAAUUAGUUAUUAGUACACUUGGAAAAGUAUUCGUGUUCUGACGGAGGAAAAAACCUCCAAGUGUACUAAUUUGUGCAGGUUACACAGAGCACUAAUCUACAUUGCAGUAGAAGAAAUUUGCAUUCCAUAAACAACAUCUUACCGGAAAUCUUAGAACCAUUUGAUUCCAUACACAAUAAAUUAAAAAGCCUAUCACUUCUGUUAUUUACUAGUGCAAUUUACUGUAACACUCUCAAGAGUGCAAUAUUUCAAACCAAAGGGUAAGUCAUAAAUUUCCAAUUGCUAGCAAAGAAUAGUAGAGGUUUGAAGACCUCUUAACCCCUGGGGAAAUAAAUCAGGAUGUUAGAGUAGAAAUAAAAGAAUAUUGGUGAAAUGGAAUUAAGCAUAAAAUAAUUAAUUUUAAGAGAAUCCAGAAUUUCAUUAUAAAAUUCAUAGUCUAAUAGAUUCUUCAAAAGAAAGGGUUUGGGGAAAAAGAGAAUAAUUAAAAACUAGUUUUGACAUUCCAAUUACUGCCUGUUUUAUUAGAUAGCUUUAGCAAACUGAAAGGAAUUGUAACACACAAGUGUCUGUACACACGCAUUUUUAACUGUCACGUUACAGACAUACGCGUACACCCAGCUACCCCUGCACCCGUCUGUCCCUGCCUUUGAAAUCCUGGUGGCAGUUGGACCUACCCAACAGCACCCACUGCAGCUGGAAGGAGCUGGGGGUCCCACGCUCCUCUCCCGCGGUACGCAUACCGUCUCACAGCAGUUCACCCCAACCAUACUUUAACCCAGUGCAUGACUGAGUGCUAAUACUGUAUAAAUAUUUUGAAACAUAUCUUGAAAAAAAAAAAUGUUUGCUUCAAACUUUUUACAAUAGAGAAAUAUAUAAUUAUUAUGGUUGUCUUAUAAAUUGUAUUGUGUUCUUCAUUUUUGUUAAACAUGUAGAAAAACAUUAAGGGAAUGGGGGACUCGAAUGUCUGUGUGUACCGAAAUGUAUAUAACUAUUUGGGAAAAACACACGUGCCAAGUAUAACAUGAUGUAAAAAUUGUAAAUAUAUGAAAAAU